AUGGCACAUCAGAGUGGCUUGGGCAACCCUCUCAAAAUGAAGGCAAAAGAGGAAAGGAAUAGUGGAAAGGAAGGUGAAGAUCAUUGCAAGAAAAAGGCCACAGCUUUCACUCUAACAGCAAAAAAAUUUCUUUUUCAGUUUGUGUCAGUUAUUGAUCAGGUGAAAGAUGGGAGAGGAAAGAUAGAGAUCAAGAGAAUUGAGAACACAACAAAUAGGCAAGUGACCUUCUGCAAGAGACGCAAUGGUCUCCUCAAGAAAGCUUAUGAGCUUUCUGUGCUUUGUGACGCUGAAGUGGCUCUCAUCGUCUUCUCUUCUCGUGGCCGUCUCUAUGAGUACGCAAACAGCAGUGUGAGGACAACUAUUGAGAGGUACAAGAAAGCAUGUUCUGGAUCUCCAAACACUGGAUCAAUCAAGGAAGCUGAUUCACAAUACUACCAACAAGAAGCAUCCAAACUGAGGCAGCAAAUCACCAACUUGCAGAAUUCCAAUAGGAAUUUAAUGGGUGAAGCUCUUAGCACCAUGAGUCUCAGAGACUUGAAGCAACUGGAGAACAGAUUGGAGAAAGGCAUCAGCAAAAUCAGAACCAAAAAGAAUGAGUUGUUAUAUGCUGAAGUAGAGUACAUGCAGAAAAGGGAAAUUGAGUUGCAGAAUGAUAACAUGUACUUAAGGAACAAGAUUACUGAAAAUGAAAGAGUGCAGCAGCAAAUGAGCAUGCUGCCGGGAAAUACAAUGAUGACAAUGACGAUGUCUAGCACACCUGCUUAUGAACUGAUGCCUCCAUUUGAUGCUCGUGGAUUCCUUCAAGUGAAUUUAAUGGAACAAAAUCAGCAUUAUUCUCACCAGCAGCAGCAACAGACAACAUUGCAACUUGGGUGAUUAAAGUGGAGGUUUGAUGUUAAUCAAUAUAUAAAUAUGUGUGUGUGGUUUUAAUUUGUGGAAUCUAAUUAAGGGGACAUAAAAUUUAUAUUGUUUGAAGACUGUAACUUAUAAAGAGUUUCAACUUGGUUGUCUUUGGAAUGCUCUAUGGAAUUUAACGCUUUGUUUUCAUGCA